CGGUAAGCGUUUUUUAAAAGUCAAUAAAUAAAAAAAUAAAGAAGAAACAAGAAGCUCAUCGACCUUCUCACAUUUAAUCUUGAUCGAAAGAAAGAAAUCUCGUCUUUUGGUCAAGGGUGAAUAUCAGCCAUAUUGCGAAGAUUAUUUAAGUGAACGUUAAGAUUAUAUUGGUUUUGCACAUUUUACAUUGACUUUCUUCUUAGUAUUGCCAACUAAUGAUCAAGAAAUCAUCGUAAAAUGAAAACAAUGAAGAACUGAACGAUAAUGUGGAUCGCCACGAAUAAUACUUAGAAGUGCUGUGCGAUUAACCUUUCCUCGUCCGAGGAAGAUACGAUUGAUAGAAAAGGAUAAAACGACAUAUUAAGAGGGAGGAGAGGGAAGAGAGAAUGGACGGCCUGCCAAGGGGGUUGUUGGUGCCAGUGAAGGCCAUUGACGUGAACACCUAUAAUUCUUCGUUUUAUUCGCCACCACCGACCGAAGCAUCGCGAUCCGGCUACGACUCCAGCAGUGGUGAAGAUUCUGAGAACGAGUAUGGUACUGGUAUCGUUCGAGCGAGUAACAGUCAGUCACAGAAUAAUCCUGGCAACUCGAACGUCAACUCUCAGGGCCAAGGGAAACAUAUCAAUAAGGGUCGCUGGACGAAGGAAGAGGAUGCUUUAUUGAAGCAGCUGGUCAGUAAUGCCGAACAACUUGGUAACGGAUUACGAUGGGACAGUAUAGCUGCUCAUUUUCCCGAACGGAGCGACGUUCAAUGUCAACAAAGAUGGGCAAAAGUCGUAAAUCCGGAAUUAAUCAAAGGCCCUUGGACCAAGGAGGAGGACGAAAAAGUUGUCGAACUAGUUGAAAGAUACGGCCCUAAAAAGUGGACCCUUAUCGCGCGACAUUUGAAAGGCCGUAUCGGUAAACAGUGUCGUGAAAGAUGGCAUAAUCAUUUGAAUCCAGGAAUUAAGAAAACUGCGUGGACCGAGGCGGAAGAUAAGAUCAUAGUGGAGGCUCAUCGCAGGGUCGGUAAUCAAUGGGCAAAAAUCGCUAAACUUUUGCCUGGGAGAACUGAUAAUGCGAUUAAGAAUCAUUGGAAUAGUACAAUGAGACGGAAGUACGAAGCUGAGGAAGGAAGAUGCACGGUUGGUACGCGAGGAAGAGGUAGGAGGAAAGCAUCGGAAACUAUAACGAUGCGAAAGGAUCUUAUUUCAAUGGACGAAGAAAUGUGCCUUGGAAAUGGAAGAACGAAGACUGCGUCUAGCAGUAACGACAAUGGUUUAAUUUUAUCGUCGAAUACUAACGCGACCCAAUCGAUAAAGAUGGAAUCUUUAGAUUGGGUUGGUGCGUGGGAGCAACAGAACAAUGGACAUUCGUAUAUUCAUUCUGUGCCAGAACGUGAACGGAGUAAUACGAAGGAAAGAGAGAUCGAGUCCUCUUCUUCUUCUUCUUCAACUAGACGAACGGAUCCUUCUUCGAGAGUAAAAACGGAAGAUAUUUCGCCGUUCACCAAGUAUUUCAGUAUGGAGCUACAAAACGAUACUGUGGAUUCAAGGAACGCCGAGAUAAGAUUACUUCCAAUGCCCGACUUGGAAGAGACCUCGACUCAUCUCACCGAAAGAGAAAAAAGUAGUCCUCCACCGAUACUGCGUAGACGACGAAAUAUUCAAUCGAUACCACAGAGAACGGAAACACCCGAUAGCGGGAAUCAAUCGGAUUAUUUGAUAAUAACCGGUCAACAGACGCAUAAUGGCAAUACUACGCCAUCUACUCCCAUAAAACAACUUCCAUUCAGUCCCUCACAAUUCUUAAAUAGUCUAAGUCCUGAAACAUCCACUUGGCCUCGAGCAAGUACUCCAAAAACUGGUAGUCCUGGACCACUCACGACACCACAGCCAACGGGUUUGCGACGAAGUCAAAAUGAUGGUAAUACUCCAAGAACGCCAACGCCGUUUAAAAAUGCUCUGGCUGAGCUGGAACGACGAAGUGGCGUGACUACUCAGUUACCUGCUACACCUAGCCACUUAGAUGCCUUAACUGAGAUAAUUAAACAAGAAACUGAUCGAGAGAGUCUUGCGAGUACGAGCAACAUCCUUCAAGAUUCUGGAUAUUGUACUACGAGGCGGCGGGGUAAAGAGAAUAGUGCUCCUGGUGGAAAAAGGGCACGCAAAGCUCUCUGUCAAGCUUGGGCGAAUGUUCCCCAUGACAAUACUGACAUGAGUUUUGUCGUUGAAACGCCGAGCAAAAGUUUGGACACUUCAGUACUGUUCUCACCAGCAUCCAUGGCUUUAGAAGAUAGUUUUUUAACAGCAGGUCCAAGUCCCGUGAAGACUUCCCACGACUUGUUGUCCGUUCAACGGAAGCCCAAUGCCAAGAGGGCAAUCACAUUCGAUGCGCUCGACAGCCCCUGUUGUAUCCUCAGCCCUCUACCUCUGAGGCCGGUUAAACGUGCCAAGCUCCAUUUGGAAACGCAGUGGGCCACGGUUGCUUGUGGACGUACGCGUGAUCAAUUAGAAAUGACACGUGCGGCACGUAGAUUCCUUAGUAAUCACGGCUUUCUACCUUUACGUCCUCGAUCGCUGAAUUUUUAAAUUUUCCAAUGAGUCACCUUCAUGGGGAUAAUGAACCAUUGCAGGAUUGGAAAUUUGAGAGGACAAGGAGCACAGGGAAAUUAAUUUUAAUUUGUGGUACAAAAGCAAGAUUAAGAAAAAAAAAAACACACAAAAAAAAAACAAAAAACAUAAAAACAAAUAAGUAAACGAACAAACAGAAAAAAAAUCCAUUUCGUUAAACUAGUCGGAGUUAAUCUAAUUAGGCACUUCCGUUUAAGGAAUUCUGCCAUAAUUGUCGAGUAUGUCGAUUAAAGAAGGAAAAUAAUAAUUAAGGUGGGAAAGUCGAAUCAAGAGGAGAUAAGGGUUCACGCUUUGCCGACGCUUUUAUUUUUUAUUGCAUUUUAAGAAAAUGAAGAUACGUAAGAUAGAGCGAAAAGAGAAAAUGAAACAGGAUGAUCCUUGCUUCCGUAGAAGAAAAAAAAAAAAAAAGAAACGAAAAGUUGUUACAGUGUGAUAAUGUUGUUUUGAUUAAAAAAAAAAAGUAAUAAUAAUAAUAAAAAAAAAAAAAAAACAAAUAAUCGAACGUAAAAAGAAGUACAAAAAUUACAAGAAAACAAACGAAAGAUGAUGCAAUUACUUUUAUAGGAUUUAUUUUUGGUUGUCAUUAUUUUUUCUUAAAUAUAACGGAGACUUUUAAGAGGGAGAAAAUUGUGCGCAAAAGAAUUUUUCGGUUCCUAUUUUGCUUUUUUUUUUUUUUUUCCGAUGAACGUAAAUAUUAUUAUCGCCGUUAUGUUUACUCAACAACCAAAAAUAAACCCUUACUCUCUUUUUCUCUGUAAUUAUCAACGGAGCAGCAUUUUUCUCGGCGAAGAAAUCUUAAUUUUUUAAAAGCAAAAAAUAAAAAAAAAAAGAAAAAAGAAAA